AUGUCCAUGCUCAAACCAGCCUCUCUUCGUUCUCGCCUCCUCUUCGGCCAUGUUCCCUCUUCUACCUUGACAGAUAAUGUGCAUCGUGGUCGGCGCCUCGAGGCACCAAGGCACCAGCUGACGAGCCGAUGCCUUGCACUGGCCAAGAAGCCGGCCAGUCACGUCGAGGGCGCAACGUCAAGGACGUCAGUGAAGCCCGUGACAGCGAAUGACAGCGCCAGGCGGCCGCACGCUGUCCCCGCGCCGUCUGCACUAGCACCCCUGCCGAUCUGUCGGUCAACCCGUCCCCAGCCGUCCGAGCAGCAGGCAUGGCAGCAGGUUGAGCUCAAGGUUAAGCUCGAAUUCAAGCUCAAGCUCAAGCUCAAGCUCAAGCUCCCAAACGCAAGCGUCGAUCAGCGAGGCGCUCGACUUUGCAGGCCUCCGUUCGCCGAGGUCACCUGGCAACGAAGACGAGACUGGCCAGCCUUGACGCACAAGAUUGUAGACAGCGAUCCUACCUCUACCUGUUCGGUGCCGCCGCCGACGACUGCCGCCGUCCCGCUCUCCCCCAAGGCUGCCAGAAAUCUCGUUUCCCGCUUCUUGUCGUAA